UGCAAUCGUGUAGAGUGCAGCACUGUCGCUAUGUUUAGAACGCUUGCAGUCGUCAAACAUUAAUAAAAAAAGCAAAUUUAAGAGAUGGAAGAGACGCCCGCCGACCCAUUGGAUAUUUCCAAAGAACAGGAUUUAAUCAAGGACGCGCAAAAAGAGCUGUCAAAAAUCGACGUUUUGGUCUGCGGGGGCUGUCAUGAGGUCUUCCACUUCGUGGAGGAGUUCCAGAAGCACAAGACUUCGAACGAGUGCACGAACAUUUCGGUGCUCAAGUGCGAGAACGAGGAGAAGUCGCAGAUAUGGGGCUUCACUCUCUGGAAAGUGAAGCAAGUGAAAACGUGCAAGAGCAACGGAGAGGAGCUCCCCACGUCGUGGGAGAUCUACCAGAAAUGGACAAAGCUCAACCAGAUCGAGAAAGAUCUGUGGAUUUCCGCAGGGCGGACCUUACAAUACACACACAAAGUCGGCACAGGGAAAAUGCAGGUGGUCAGGGAGGAAAAAAAAGUAGAAAAGGACCCUCUGGCCAUGGAUGAAGAUGGGGCUGUCGAAAAUGAGGUCAGCAGCAACUGCACGAAGACUGAAAUCCUGAAAAACGUCACAAUUAUACAAGGCUCUAAAAAGGGUCUUCGUACCACAAAAGAUAAUGAAAGGGAGGAGUAUAAUGUUGAAAAAAUUAUUGGCAAGAGAUUCAAUCCUAGAAAGAGGCUGUGGGAAUAUGAAGUAAAGUGGGAAAGUUAUCAAGAACCGUCUUGGGAGCCUUUGGCGCAUUUAGAGAAUUGUAAAGCUUUGGUUCAAGAGUUUGAAGAUAAAUUGAAAGCAGAGAAAGAACUGAAAGAAAAGGAGAAACCGCCAAGUAGGGGGAGAGGCAGGCCCCGAUUGAAUCCACAAAGCCCAGGGGCCGUUAAAGUCGUUCAAAAGAAGCCCCCAUUGCCUCCCACUUCGACAGUUCUCAUUACAACGCCAGGAGGUCGCCCUCAGCGCACCAGCAAGCAAAAGGCCCUCAACCAAGUGAAGGCCUGGUGCGGCAACAUCUCCGACGAAGAAGGCGGCUUGAAGCGCCCCUUCGACGACGACGUCGAAAGCGACGACUCCUUCGAGAAGCGGAUGAAGCUAGAGGGCGAGUCCGAGGACACGGAAGAAGACGAACCGAAAAUGCCGGUUCGCAAAGUCGCCAAAAUCGUGCACACCUACAACAACGGCACCGGCAAGAAGCUCCCCGACAACGUCCUCAUCCCCGACGCCAAGGGCGUGGUCCGGAUCAGCCAAAAACAGUUGCCGUCGCUCAGCUCCGGCGUCUACAUCAUGUCGAAGUCGUCGGGCAUCAUCAAGCUGGAUCCGACCGCGUCGAAGAUCGCCACCAGCGGAGGCCAGGCGAUCGUCAAGGUCAGCCCGAAGAUCGGCCAGACGCAGAUCAAGAUAAUCAAGAAGGAAGACGGCAGUAAGAGGGUGGUGCAGGUGAAGGGACCCGAAGCGGCGACGACGACAACCACGGCGACGAUCACGCCGUCGCUGACCCCGAUCGCGCCCAAGCCCAAGGUGGUGCAGCAGGUGGUGAACAGGACGCCGAUCGUGAAGAAAGACGUCAAGAAGGUGGAGACGCCGAAGGCGCAGCCGAUCAAAGUCGUGGAGAAGAAGGAGGAGGUGAAGGCGCCGGUGGAGAACGACGAGGAUUCCGACGACGGGAUCCCGGAGUUGGAGUUCCCAACGGACUUGCCGCUACCCGGACCCGAGAGUCCCCCAGGGGAGUUCACUCUGGACCCGUUCACGGGAAAGGUGGCCGGAAUGGAUUACCCAGAAGUGGAAGAAGCGGUUGAGGAGAAGAAAGACGCGACUGAGGAGGAGAAGAAAGACGGAGCCAAAAGUUUAGAUAAUAUCGUGAAGUUGGCGGCAGCGGAUAUAACCGAGGACGAUUUGAAACCCGAUCUGGAGGUUACUACCAGUGAAAAUAACCCUGCGAGUACUACCCCUAGUGUGUCGACGGUGACGGUAACCACGGCGGCUGUGACCGUAACCGCCUCCAAGACCCCCGUGGUUACACCCGCGGCGCCCGUAGCCGUCGCCGUGCUGGCUACCACCACCCCCAAAACCACGCAGUCAAUUCUGAGCGCGGCGAUGGCCAACUCCAACAUCCUCCAGAAAACCCUGCAAUCCCCCCCUCCCCGACCGAAAACUCAACCCAGGAUAAUCAACCAGUCGGUGGCCAGACCUCGAACCGCCAUCGGUCAAGUCGUGAGGACCCCGUCGCAGCCGCGGCCGUCCGCCGCCCCACGUCCCCGUCCCCAAAUCCUCCCCCGACCCAAAUUCAACAUCUCCUCCAUGUCGCCCGUCAAGAACGUCUACUCAGCGAAGACGAACAACGUCGCCAAGAAGGUUAACACGCCGGUGCAGAAACCCAGACCGACGCCCACGACGCCGCAGCUUUUGAAGAAGAGUGCGCACAAGGCGGCACCCAAGCCCUCCAUUAGCAUGCCGACGCUGGACGAAGAGCCGGCGGCGAUGGUGCUGGCGCCGAAGGUGGCGCAGGUCGUGAGCGAAGUGCCGACGGUGGAGGCCGACUUGUCGACGUUUACGUUGGCGACGACCGACAGGCCGAUGUUCAUCACCGGCGACGACGGGACGGUGUACCAAGUCGCGGGACAGAACGAGGAGGGACAGACGAUAUUGGUGACGCAGGAUAGCGACGGGCAGCAGCAGUGCUUGCUGGUGACGAGCGAGGCCAUACAGGAGGAGGUAGAGCAGGGAGAGAGUCAGGGACAGGUGUUGAUGGAAGUGCAGGAACCGGUGGAGGUGGCGGAGGAACAGCCGCUGGUGGCGCAGUUCAUCAGGACAGAACCCCCCAGUCCAGGUGGUACCCACAAGGUUGUCGUGAUGUUGCCGGACGGCGACGUGAUGGUGACGCAGGUGACGCCAGAGGAGUACGCGAGCUUAGAGUUGGAUAAAUAAGCUUCAGUUUCGUUUAGGUUAAGGCAUGACGUUGAGCAUAGUUGCGAUUUAUUCUCUGUUUCGAAAUUAAGUUUGUUUUUUUGUUUUAAGCAUUUAUCUGUACUUUCCCUCAUUUUUGUUUUCAAUGGAAUGCAAUAUUUGGAAAGAAUUCUCUGUAUAUAUAAUCUCGUUUAAGAUUUUUUUCACAUGUAUGGAUAGUGAAAAUAAAGAUAUAGGAUUUUAGUAA